AUGGAUGAUUUACACGAGACUACACUGUCGGUGCUACGGGCUGCAAAUAUUGAUGAGGAGGUUCUGAAAACCCUAAGUCGGGAAGAUUUGAAAGACCUCUUUCCUCGACCAGAGAAUUUUCUGAAGAGGAAGAAAUUAUGGGACAUGAUUGGUCCAAAGGAUGGUGAUCCUGAUCAAAACCGAGGAAGUGGGAAUGUGUCAGCUACCUGUGCAGUGUUGACAAGCCAGCCUCAGACCUCUACCCCUGUUCAUGAAAUCACAGCCAAAACGGUGAAACUGCCAGACCCACCAGAGUAUGUAGUGUACACUGACUCAGAGUUGGACAUGGUGCGCAGCCAGUAUUUUGAUUUGCUCCGCAAUGGAAAGGAAAAAGUUUGCAAGAUGUCAAAGGAGCUAAGUUGUAGGCUCAUCAGAAACACAAUCACCAGCAUGGUUGCCAUCCUGCGUGCUAGUCCUCUGGGAAAAGAGGAAAGAUACCCCUCAAAACUUGAGCUGAGAGCAAUGUCACAGAAGAUCGUUGACUAUUACCCUAUGCUACGUGACACUUCAGAUCUGCCAUAUCUGACGAUUUACUCUAAAAUGUAUAAACGACUGCAAAAUAUGAAGUCUCCAAGAAAGAGGCAGGGCCCAAAGCCACAAAGAGGGUCUGCAAAGAGAUCACUCUUUGAAACAAGUACAGAAGAAGAAGGUACUGCAAGUUCUUCAGCUUCAACUGCUUCAACUGUCAUUCUUCCAGAGAGCGAUGUCAGCAAUGAUGACUUAAGUCCAGAACAUCAGGACAGUCUGAAAAUGCAGGCAAGGCACUACAAAACACUCUUCAAUAUGUACAGCAAACCCAACUCAAAACCCAACCCAAGUGAUGUUGCUCAAAUUUUGGACCUUGAGUUUGAUGGAAGGCGGGCCUUCAUUGACUCAAGUGUGUUGAAGGAGGAAGACAGGAUUGCGAAGAUAUUUGAAGCAUAUUCAUGUUUCAAAGACCCUCAAAAUCUGCACUAA